AGGGAUAAAGCCUUGGAGAUGUUUCACCAUGCAUUUAAACAUUAUAUGGACGUGGCCUACCCCGCCGAUGAGUUGAUGCCCCUCAGUUGCAAGGGUCGAUACAGGGGUUCCGAACCGAGUAGAGGUGACAUCGAUGAUGUCCUGGGGAACUUCUCUCUGACUCUUAUUGAUUCCCUGGAUACGCUAGUGGUGCUGGGUGAGUUGGACUUGUUCGAGCAGUCAGUCAGGUUGAUGCUGAGUGACCUCAAGUUUGAUAACGAUGUUGUGGUCUCGGUUUUCGAGACUAACAUCAGAGUUGUUGGAGGCUUACUAGGGGGCCAUUUGAUGGCUGAUCACCUGAAGCGUAAACACCAUCGCAUGCCGUGGUACAAUGGUGAGCUACUGGACAUGGCGCAAGAUGUGGCUGAUCGACUGCUACCUGCAUUCAAUACAACUACUGGAAUGCCUUAUCCUAGAGUAAAUUUGAAAUACGGGGUGAACACGAAAGAGUCAAGAACGGGCCAAGAGAAGGACACAUGCACUGCCUGUGCCGGCACGAUGAUACUCGAGUUCUCUGCACUCAGCAGAUUAACCGGGAAACAUAUUUACGAGCAAAAAGCGACGACGGCCAUGGACUACCUGUGGGAGUCGAGGCACAGGACGAGUGACCUGGUAGGGACCGUCAUCAACAUACAGAACGGGGAUUGGGUGAGGAAAGAGAGUGGAGUUGGAGCGGGCAUUGACUCUUACUAUGAGUACCUCAUGAAGGCUUACAUCAUGCUAGGCGAUGAUAUAUACCUGGAUAGGUUCAACACACACUACAAAGCAGUGAUGAAGUACGUAAACAACGGACCCCUUAUGUUGGAUGUACACAUGCACAGGCCUCAGACCAACUCUAGAAAUUUCAUGGAUAGUCUUCUGGCGUUUUGGCCCGGAUUGCAGGUGUUGAAAGGGGAUUUAAAGUCGGCCAUUGAAAUACACGAGAUGUUGUAUCAAGUGAUGCUUAGACAUAACUUCAUACCUGAGGCAUUCACGAGUGACUUUCGCGUGCACUGGGGCCAGCAUCCGUUGAGACCUGAGUUCCUCGAGUCCACAUACUUCUUGUAUAAGGCGACUGGCGAUCCAUAUUACCUGGAAGUUGGCAAGAAGGUGAUGGAGAACUUGAACAAGAUAGCUCGCGUCAAGUGUGGCUUUGCCGCUAUCAAGGACGUCACUACAGGAGAUCACGAGGACCAAAUGGAUUCAUUCGUAUUCGCGGAAACGUUCAAGUACCUCUACCUUCUCUUCUCCAACAAGGAAGACAUGAUGGUGGAUGUGGAUGACUACAUCUUCACCACUGAGGCUCACCUACUACCUCUUUUCCUGUCGCUUCAUGGUCCGCAACCAAAUGAACACGACAGCAUGAACGACAGUGAUGACGAAGAUGACGAUGUCCAUGAAUUUGCAAACACCUGUCCCUCAGCCAGUCACCUCUUCAAAGGGGUGACCAGUUAUGCCCAUGACGUCAGGACGCCGCUCAAGAACAUGGUGGAAAAGUUGUGCCCCAUGCCCCUUACCACCCGCCCAGCGAGGUUGAAGGCUUCCGACUUCAUAGCUGGCAACAGAGAACAGAUGGAGAAAUUGAACCAUAUGGGCAUCAAACUGAUCACCAUGAAUGAUGGCAGGGUUCAACUCGUGCACAUUGGUUCAGAGGCCUUGUCUCCAGAUGACAGCCACGAUGGAAUGCUGUUCAUGCAAGAGAUGAUUGAAUUGUCCAAAUAUCAGUCGAAAGAAGUACCGUUAGAACCGAAGGUAGUUCAACUAAUUUCGCCCCCGAUGUAUGGUGACAUCAUUUUAAAAGCUGGACCUGCUCAAUUUGGCAUGCGCCUGAAGGAACAUUUUGGGGUUGGUUGGUUGGUUGAAGGUAAACUACAAAUGUCGGAGCCAGCCGACGGAUGUACGGCCCUCACAAAUGCCGGCGAGAUGUUGAAAGGGAAGAUAGUGAUUGUAGAAAGAGGGUCAUGUAUGUUCAUUGAUAAGGCCCGUCGUGUGCAACAAGCUGGUGGCAUUGGUGCUAUUGUGUUUGACAACAACUCAGACUCCUCGUCAGCGAGUAGCGCCAACCAGUACUUCUCGAUGUCUGGCGACGGAAAGGAUGACGUCACCAUUCCCAUGGUGUUCCUUUUCCGGGAUGAGGCCAGAACGCUGAGAAAUGCCUGGACGCUUGAUUCGGAUCUUGUCGUCUUUGUUGGAGAGAAUCCUAAGAAGACAGGUCUCUUGUUUGUUUGUUGUGUUUUUUGUUUGUUUGUUUGUCGUUGUUUGUCGUUGUUUGUUUGUUUGUUAUGA